AUGGCUACCUCGAUGAUGCACUAUCUCGGCUUCGGCAAGGAUGCUCCUGUCACUCAAGAGCCUACCAAAGAAACUCCCAUUCGGGCCUUGCCUGCAUCAUGGUAUACUUCUCCCGAGAUGUAUGAAUUGGAACGUCGUUCAAUCUUCUCCAAGAGAUGGCUAUUCAUCACCCACAGCAUGCGAGUGAAGAACACCGGUGACUGGGUUCGCUAUGAGAUCGCUGGUUACGACUUUAUCAUCACUCGUGACCGACAGGGCAAUGUCAAUGCAUUCCACAACGUGUGCAGACAUCGGGCAUAUCCUGUCAUUGAGAAGGAGGGCUCAGGCAAUUCCAAGAUUAUUUCCUGCAGAUACCACGGCUGGUCCUACGGACUGAAUGGUAAACUUGCCAAAGCCCCCGGAUAUCAAGAGCUCAAUGGAUUCGACAAAGACAAGAACAACCUGUUUGGAAUUCAUGUCAAAGUUGAUGUUAAUGGCUUUAUCUGGGUCAAUCUCGAUGCAAAUGAAACCCCGGAAAUUUCAUGGGAAGAGCACUUCCGCGACGUCGACAAGCAAGACCGAUACAAGGCCUACGACUUCAACAACUACGAUCUUGACCACGCCUACGAGCUAGAAGGCCACUACAACUGGAAGAUUCUGGCCGAUAACUUCAACGAAUGCUACCACUGCCCAACGACACACGCCGAUAUUCCUGCCUUCCUCAACCUCGAAUCCUUCGACAGUGACCUUAAGGAUGGACACAUCCAGCACCAUUGCGAGUCUACAGAAGAACAACAGGCCAAGGGUCUCUACACUGCCAGCACCUACUACUUCCCCAUGUCUGCCAUGGUUGUUUCACCGCAUUUUAUCAUGGUUCAAAAGUUCCUACCGAAAAGCCAAGACAGCUCCAAAAUGGCCUAUGAGAUCUACCGGAACAAAAACUCCUCCGAAGAAGACUUUAGACUGAUCGCUGAUAUGUACGCCCGCGUAAUGGGCGAAGACAAAGUCCUCUGCAACAACGCCCAGAGGAACCUCGACCGAGGUGUCUUUACCAACGGCCAGCUUCACCCGAAAUACGAGAAGGCCCCGUUGUUCUUCCAGAGCACAGUCCGGGAUGUAGUCACAGAGCAUUUUGAGCGCGAGAAGAAGGAAGGGCGAGAGAUCUGGCCGGCAAAGGCCAAGGUGCCAUGUGACACGGAGGUUAGUGACAAGGACGAGGCAAUUUGUGCUUCCCUUGCUUGUGGCGCUCAGAAAGAGGUUUUGGCCUGGUGA